AUGCCCCGCGCCGCAAAGCCACCAGUGAAAGCUGCAUGUCUUGCAUGCCGCUCGUCAAAGACUCGUUGCGAUGGAGAAAAGCCUUGUCGAAGUUGUCUGACCAGAAGCCGAGAAUGUUCCUAUCAGCCUAGUCGCCGCGGUGGACCCCGAAGAGGAAUCCGCUAUGCAGAGCUCCAGCAGCAGCAUCGUCUUUCAUCGGAUGAUCAAGGCCUACCGGUUCCAUCAUCGCCUUCUGAGAUUGAUAACAGCUUCGAGCCACUGCUAGACAAUAUGCUCGGUCUUGUAACACCACUCGCCGGCGUUCACAACCUUGAUAUAUCGCCGGAUGCCCUUUCUGAUACCAGUGGCACGCGACAACUGUGGGGUCAGCUCACUCCGAGUGCCGAUGACCCAUUCUCGUCGGUGUCGAUUCCAGAGGCAGAACCGUCAGCCGUCAGAUCAUACAGAUCUGAAGAUGACAUCGCCAACGCCUACUAUAUCUACAUACACCCAUACCUUCCCUUGCUACCACCCCCGGUGAUGGCGCAACGUGAAGACCAACCUACGCUCAGUCGACCAUCAAAAGAAACCAAUGAAGCCAGAAAGACCGACUUGCCAUAUUGGCCACAAUCAUCUCUAAGCCUUGCAUUAUCCGCACUCCUUGUCCUGAUACCACCUUCUCAGGGUCCAUUCUCAAUGACCGAGGCAAGUAUUGUCCUCAGACGCACAUACGCUCAGCUCUUCGCGCAGGCUGCAUUGGCAAGUGUGGAAAAAGAGAUCGAUGAAAUGGGGCCAACAAUACAUUUCAACGCGCCUGGUGCAUGUCUGUCUCAAGGACACAGCCCGUUGCAUUCUCAGGUGCCUCUUCAGCUUGACCCUAUUCUGACGCUUGUCGUGCUUGCAAUUUAUGAAUACUGCCAGCGUGGUAAUGUUUCCAGAAUGCGAGGGCGUAUCAAUCAGGCUGUAACCACAGCUAUGGAUAUCUCUCUUCAUGAACUUGGCUCGAUGACUACAGAAGCUUCUGAGGCACAGAGGCGUGCGUGGUGGAUAACAAUGUUUGUGGCAUAUCUUUCUUCAAAUCUUCAUCUGGCACCGCCAGUUGUUACGGCAGACGAUCCUCGCGUAACGACGUCUUAUCCCAGUUUUGGGGUACAUUUAGAGCCCUGGGCUCUUUUGAUUAAAGCUCAACAAACGCUCUAUGCAUCCAACCAAAUGGUCCAACGAAUUGAGCGCAUUACGAACGAAACCCCUCCUCCCGACCUCGGCACGCAAAUCAAAAAUUUGGAUACCGUGAUCUCCACUCUGAUGACCAAAUCUGAUCAAUACCUUCGAUAUACUUUUGACGAGGAUGGGGAAGGUCUAAUAGCUGAAAACAUGUGGAGGAUCAGCAGAAUCGUAAUCUACACGUAA